AUGUCCUGGCUACCUUCAGUAACAGAAAUGGGGGAGCGCUGUCCCAUCCUCAUGUCCCGUAAAUACUCGCCCUACGCUCGUGGUCUCAUCAACUUACCAGCGGACACCCUCGUCGACCUCAGCAGCCGAGACUGCCCUUAUGCUAUCGACUACCUCGAUGAUCCGAACAGCACAUUCGACUACGCCUACACGCUCCCCCGCAGCCUUAAAAUCAGCCCAGACAACUGUGUCUUCGCAAACCUGAUCUUCUACGACGAUCCUUCUAGCCGCGCACCCAUGUUGUCAAUACUCGCCUCCAACGAAAUGACCGAAACUAUGGAGAUCGGCGUCGAGGGCGACAUCAUACCCCACGUCGCGCUCCCUCAGAACAGCAUAAAGUUGGUUGUGGACUAUUGCGGGUACGUAACGGAGAUGGACGUCUGGCUUCCGAAGACAGUCUUAACGAUGGCCGACAUCUGUUGUACGUAUGACUGGACCCCAACGUUGGACUGUGAUGGGCAACCUAUUGAAGGGGAAGAAACUCCAGUCACGUGGGCCUCGGACCUGGCGAGGACGGUAUUGACGGUGCUAGAGAGAACGGCACUUGAGCUGGCGGGGAGAUUGUCGUCCAGUGACUUUGUCCUGUUCAUGAUGAAAUACCCCGUGAAGCAGAUUCGCGUUGUUGGAUUUGCGUAUGACCAUGUUGGUGAAUAUAUCACGCCGGUGUUGGCUGUUUCCCCCGACUCCGUUCAUUUCAACGAGCGGACUGGGAAACAUGUAGGCUUCUAG